CAAACACGCCCUUGCCCGUGUCCGGUUUUACAUGCAGUCGUAGGCGACAGCAAUUCCUCUCCCAGCAGGCGACUGAAGUCCACGCGCGUCUCCCUCUGUCUCCUGCGGAUAAUUUACGUAAAUGGCCUCUGCGGCCCUGCCUCCGCUCCUCCAGACUCAGCCAAACCGUUUCCUCCCGCCGGGCUGCUUCGGUCACAGGACAAUCCCCAAACUCCGGAGCAGCCAGCUCAGGCUCUCUUCGCUCCGGCGGUCGAUUCUCCCGCCGCCGUCUGCUUACUUGUUCGUCGGGAAAUCAGAAGGAGGAGCCGCCGGUGCUUAUGUCACGGGACAGGCCUCGGACCCAAUCGUCAGCGACCCGAACUUCAAGUUCGACGACUCGAGCUCCGAUCAGCCUCAGCCACGGGACUUGAUAAGCUGGGGCCUGCUAUGGAGUCUCCUGUUGAAGCACAAGCUCAGGCUCGGCGUGGCGGUUCUCACUCUUAUCGGCUGCUCAACUUGUACUCUCUCUAUGCCUCUUUUCUCAGGGCAAUUCUUCGAAGUGCUUGUCGGUGGCAGGCCGGAGCCAUUGUGGAGGCUUCUUAGUAGGAUUGGACUAUUGUAUAUGUUGGAGCCAAUCCUUACUGUUCUAUUUGUUGUUAAUAUGAAUACUGUAUGGGAGAAGGUUAUGUCAACUUUGAGAGCUCAGAUAUUCACAAGGGUAUUGAUUCAGAAGGUGGAAUUUUUUGAUCGGUACAAGGUUGGGGAACUCACUGGACUGCUGACAUCUGAUUUGGGCUCACUUAAAGAUGUUGUGAGUGAAAAUGUCUCGAGGGAUCGUGGAUUCAGGGCACUUUCUGAGGUUAUUGGGACAAUAUGCAUACUAUUCACUCUCUCCCCUGAACUUGCACCAAUUUUGGGCUUCCUGAUGCUCUCAAUCUCCGCAUUUGUUGCUAUAUACAAGAGAUCAACUGUACCUGUUUUUAAGGCACAUGGACUGGCUCAAGCAUCCAUAUCAGAUUGCGUGACAGAAACAUUCUCUGCUAUUCGCACAGUCAGGUCCUUUGGUGGUGAGAGACGUCAAAUGUUCAUGUUUGGUGGCCAGGUUCUGUCGUUUCAGAAAAGUGGGAUAAAGCUUGGGACUUUCAAAUCCAUAAAUGAAUCGAUAACUAGAGUUGCUGUUUAUGUAUCUUUGCUGACCUUGUAUUGCCUUGGAGGAAGCAAAGUAAAGGCGGGUGUAUUAUCUGUUGGAACUAUGGCAUCCUUUGUUGGAUAUACUUUCACGUUGACAUUUGCUGUUCAAGGGUUGGUGAACACAUUUGGUGAUCUCCGUGGAUCUCUUGCUGCAAUUGAGAGGAUUAAUUCCAUUUUGUCUGGGGUAGAAAUUGACAAAGCCCUUGCUUAUGGAUUAGAAAGAGAAAUGCAUAUAAAAGGAAUAGAUGAUGAGAAUAAAAAAUUAUUCCUUGUGAAUGGAUUUGAUGAUACAACCCAACACCCAAAUAUGCAUCCCAGAUCAGCCUUAAAGUCAGUUAGCUGGGUUUGUGAUUUAGCCUGGUCUGGAGACAUUUGUCUUGAAGAUGUGCACUUCUCAUAUCCUCUAAGACCUGAUGUGGGAAUCUUAAAUGGCUUAAAUCUAACUCUGAAAUGUGGAACCGUGACCGCUUUGGUGGGCCCUAGUGGUGCUGGAAAGAGUACAGUAGUACAGCUACUGGCACGCUUCUACGAGCCAUCUAAAGGUCGAAUUACAGUUGCUGGAGAGGAUGUUCGGACGUUUGACAAGAGCGAAUGGGCUAGGGUCGUUUCUAUCGUAAAUCAAGAACCCGUUCUUUUCUCGGUUUCUGUCGGAGAAAAUAUUGCCUAUGGGCUUCCUGAUGAUGAUGUGUCUAUGGAUGAUGUAAUAAAGGCUGCUAAAGCUGCGAAUGCUCAUGACUUCAUACUCUCUCUCCCACAGGGUUAUGACACGCUAGUCGGUGAACGUGGAGGCCUGCUGAGUGGUGGGCAGAGGCAGAGAAUUGCCAUUGCGAGAGCACUGCUAAAGAAUGCUCCAAUUCUAAUACUUGAUGAGGCCACGAGUGCGCUGGACGCAGUGAGCGAGCGACUUGUCCAGGAUGCACUGAACCAGCUGAUGAAGGGCAGAACAACCUUGGUGAUUGCUCACCGCCUAAGCACUGUUCAGAAUGCCCAUCGGAUUGCACUCUGUUCAGACGGGCAAAUCGCGGAGCUGGGGACCCACUCCGAGUUAGUGGCGAAGAAGGGUCUGUAUGCCUCUUUGGUUGACACACAAAGGCUGGCAUUUGAAUGACAGGAUGAGGUCUGCUUUCCCCAUCAUUUCCUCUGUCCUAGACUCAUCCCUGACCUGCUGCACCGGUCCGAUGCCUAAUACUUGCCCCGUUGGCGAUGGCCGGUGGAAUGGAAUAAAGGCACGGGAACAAAGAAGAAGAUAUACUCAUUUUUCUCUUCACCAUUAUUGUAUAAAAAGCUUAUUCAAGAUUGUUAAUUGGUGUGAAAUAGGCGCAGAUGCUCAUCCCAAGUCUUACGAUACACAGCAUCAAUUCAAUUACCGUUGAGUCGACGAGCGACCGAGUAUGUUCGUCAGAAACUGUAAACAUGAGAAGAAGAAUUGCCUUCUCAUGAACCGAUAUUGAGUUACGUGAUCAUUUUAUUGUCAGUAA